UAUACUUUUGAGCAUACCAGAAACGCUCGCUGAAUAACGCAGCCUGCUAGCAAACUCGUCAUGCCUUACCCAGUCAUUGUUGUCACUGGUGACUCUAUCGCCCAGCAAAGUUUCAAGGCUGGUGGCUAUGGCUCUGCAUUGGUCGAUUUCUAUCAAGGCAAUUACGAUGUACUUAACAGGGGGAUGGGUGGCUACAACUCGACACAGUUGCUACAGAGGUUCAUUGAGGGGCUUGAUGUUCCCUCCAGUGCCGACGUGAGACUAUUCGUGAUUCACAUUGGCACAAAUGACUGUGCCGAAAAAGGAUAUCAACGUACCUCGGCGUCAGAAUAUCGCGAUAAUCUCCUUUCCAUCAUCCAGCAUAUACGGACAAUCUACCCCGCCGCCGAAAUAGUCUUGUUAACUCCAUCGACCGUUCAAUCCGAUGUAAUACUAGCACUCGAGCGUAGCACUGGCAUGCCCGAGAAAUUUAUCACGAUACGUACCCCUGAGCGGGCUAGAGAGAUUGCAGAGAUGUGUAAAGCUGUCGCCUUGGAAGAGAAGGUCGAUUGUUUGGAUGUCUUUGCCAUGCACGAGGGUCAGCGGGAUAUUUUCAGCGAUGGCCUACAUUACAAUGCCAAGGGAUACAAGCCUGUGAACGACGCUUUAAUCCAACUCAUCUGCUCCAAAUUUCCAAAACUCGUACCAGACGACUUGCCAAGGGCGUUUCCCAUAUUUGCGACGUAUGGCCGCGAAGGUAUCGACAGCUUCGAGCAAUAUGCUACUGCCAUCAAGGAAAUUGGGCAGCGGAUGAAAGCGCAAGCCUUGGACGAGACCGGUUCAGAGGGAAUGCAGUCAGAUGGAUCAUCAAGAGAUUGAUAUCAUGAAUCGUAGAUGCAUUGUGAAGGUCACAGGCUGGGCAGACGUCGCCUAAGAUGAAGUGCCCGCGAACAGGACUGGAAUCGGAUUUGUGAGAGAUACAGUAGCUUCCACUGUAGCCCUGUAAUGCUUCUCGACUGG